AUGCCUCAAGCCAAGAAAGAUCCGAACGCUCCAAAAGUCGCGAGAGCAGUCUGGACCGAUUCCAAGAUUCGUUUUAUACUCAACGAGUUUUUAACUGAAAAAGAGGAUGGUAACAUGAUUGGUGGCAACUGGAAACCCGUGGCUUACACCAAUGUUCACGAGAGAUACACUCUUGCGUAUCCAGAAGACAAGGUGAAUAGAGAACAAAUCAAAAAUUUAUACACCACAAGCAAGAGUUCUUAUACUGGAAUGAAAAAAGUCAAAAUGACCUCUGGAGUUGGAUGGGUUGGUGGCAAGAUCGACAUGCCAAAUGAAUGGUGGGAGAACGUAGGCAAGAAAGACAAGGACGCGAUGAAGCUUCGAAACAAUUCAUUCGACUACUACGAAGAAAUGGAUGCAAUGCUUCAUGGAUCUAAACCGGCUGGGGCUUUACGUACUGGCACAAGUUCUGGUACACGAGUUGAGGCAGAGAAUAACAAGGAAGAGGAAAUUGAAAUUAUAGAUCAUGAUAAUUUAGAAGAAAGCAAAGAAGAAAGCAGAUAUGAGGAAGUAGAUGCACAAGGAUUGACCCAAGCCGAAAGAGACCUCGAUGAUCUUCCAGAUUCAGAUGAAGAAGUUUCAACUGAAAAAGGCAAAGGUAAAGCAAUUGUAUCAGUCUAA